UACGUAUUCGAAGAAAAACGAUACUCAUUUGGAAAACCACUGUCUACUUUCGGUUGCUGUUUCGCAUACAUGUUCCUGCGUGUCGACAGUCAGAUGCACUCCUAAGAUUUAAUCUUUGACUUACGGACGUUGCAGAAAAUGGAGACAAUAUUGUACUCCCGCAGAAUGACAGACCUGUCCCAGUACACGCUGUCCAAUGAGACUGGCAUCUGCCUGCUGGACUGUGAGGUUGCCUUCAACAGCCUGACGGACAAAGAGCAGUGCUACUCCCACUACAUCUCACAAGCCUCCUUCAGCGGCGGCCUCAUUGUCCUCCUGCAGACAUCUCCGGAAUCCCCAGGAAUCUUCGUCCUGCUGCAGCGAGUGUUCCGGGCACAGUCGAUAUCUGACCUGGAGACGGUGGCCACACAGAAUGGCCUCACCAAGGAGGAGUUUCAGGCUGUGCUGAUGUAUGCAGCUGGCUUCUACUGCAACAUGGGCAACUACAAGUCAUUUGGGGACAGCAAAUUUAUCCCCAAUUUGCCAAAGGAGAAGAUGGCGAAGUUGAUCCUGAACAGUGCUGCUGCUGCUGCCGACCCCGGGGGUAUCCAGUCCCUGUGGAACUCCGUCCAGAGCCCCAUGUAUUCCCUCGAAGCCAGGGACAAGGAACUUGGGCUGGGGGAGAAGGGAACAACAACCUACUUCUCACAGAACUGUGACAAACGAGAUGGUGAAAUUGCUCAAGAAUUUAUGAAUAAAAUGGACUUGAGUCCAUACAAUACUCGCCUGUUCAAGACAGAAGACAAGAGUACCAGUCUCCCUGUCUAUGAGAUCAGGCUGGCCUCUGUCGAGACUGCAGCCAGUGGAGAUAUUCCGGGUGUGAAAACUGAAAAUGGGCUUGGAGAACAUCAGUUUACACCAGCAGAUGUUGCCGGACCAAUCACCUUCAAGGUUACCAGGGGAGACUACUCUCCACUCCUCAAACGUGUGGCGGAUAACCUAAACAGUGCCAAGGAAUAUGCAGCCACAGAGAAUGAGGUGCGUAUGUUGGAGGAGUACGCCCGGAGCUUCACCACAGGCUCUCUACCAGCACACAAAGACGGCUCCAGGUUCUGGAUAAAAAACAGGGGACCCAUCGUAGAGACAUAUAUUGGCUUCAUAGAAUCCUACAGAGACCCGUAUGGUGUCAGGGGGGAAUUUGAAGGUUUUGCUGCGGUUGUGAACAAGAAGAUGAGUGCCAAGUUUGCAUCCCUGGUGGAAAGUGCAGAACACUUGCUGGCUCUAUUGCCGUGGCCGGUGGAGUACGAAAAGGACAAGUUCCUGCGUCCAGACUUCACUUCCCUUGACGUCCUCAGCUUCGGAGGCAGCGGCAUCCCUGCAGGAAUCAACAUUCCUAACUAUGAUGACAUUCGUCAGAACGAGGGCUUCAAGAACGUGUCGCUGGGGAACGUUUUGACGUCAGGCUACAAGGACACGAAGAUCACAUUCCUGGAUGAUGACGAUAAGGAGCUGUACAUAAAGCUGAAACUCCCGUCCUUCGAGGUCCAGGUCGGACUCCAUGAACUGCUUGGACAUGGUAGCGGCAAGCUCUUCAUCAAGGAUGAAGAUGGGAAGUUCAACUUUGACCAGGAUAAUGUGAAACACACUGAAACUGAAGAAAAGAUCUCCUCCUGGUACCUGCCUGGUGAGACCUGGGACAGCAAGUUCUCCUCUGUGGGGUCAAGCUAUGAGGAGUGUCGGGCUGAGUGUGUCGGACUCUAUCUCUGCCUCUCCUCCGAUGUUCUAAAGAUAUUUGGCCAUGUUGGAGACUCUGCUGAUGACAUCAUCUACAUCAACUGGUUGAACAUGGCGCGCGCCGGUCUGCUGGCGCUGGAGUUCUAUUCCCCAGAGACAGGUGCCUGGAGACAGGCCCACAUGCAGGCGCGGUUCUGUAUCCUACGUGUCAUGUUAGAGGCCGACGAGGACUUCAUCUCCAUCACCAAGACCACGGGGGAGGACGGUAAACCAGAUAUCAGGAUAAAACUGGAUCGCACCAAGAUCACCAAAGUGGGCAAACCUGCCAUUGGGAAGUAUCUUCGGAAACUUCAGGUGUACAAGUCCACGGCAGAUGUUGAAGAAGGGAAAAAGAUGUACGACUUCUACUCCGAUGUCAACGACAAUGCUAAACCACACUUCCUGAGUCUUCGCGAGACUGUCCUUGCUCGUAAACAACCACGCAAGAUGUUUGUUCAACACCACACAACCAUUCAAGAUGGAAAAGUGACCUUAAAGAAUUAUGAAGCCAACUCUGCCGGACUCAUCCAGUCCUUUGUGGACCGCUUCUCUUCUCCGGAACUUGACAGCGAGAUCUUGGCCCUGCGCGACAAGGACAGGCCUCACUUCUAGACGAUGCUGCAUCCGACACGCUACUGCCAGGUUGUGGAAACAAGCCGUCCUCUGGCGCCAUGAUCUAUGCAUGGAUCGUUUCAUACCGUUAUAGCAGAUUCAUAUCCAACAAUGAGGACUGGAUGGAGGCCCAAUACCACGAUGAAGUCCACCGUAUGCAUUACAAUGUGUAAUUGUUUAACUGCUUUUGAGGAUCUGACUGAAUUAUUUAGCAUUUUGUCGUUUCAAGUUUGAAUUUACUAAUGACAGUUUACUUUUUCAAAUCUUUUGAAAUAUAACAAAAGAAUCUGUGCUCCGUGUGAUUCAUGUAAGCGUGUUUACAGUGUUCUCAAAGGACAGGGUCUCAUUCAAUGAAAUCCAUUCAGCAUUCCAGUUACAUGGCUGUUUUGUAUAAAUGUAACGUAAACUUACCUCUUUACUCUCCACACCAUUUUGACCAAUGGUAGCAUGACCAUGAAUCUGAGAAGGAAAAAACAAGUUCCCUAAAAUUAAUUCCCUUUUCAAGACUAAUUCCAUCACCAAAUAUCAUCUCCUCUCUCGGAUGCACAAGGAAGUGGCAGUGCUCUGAUGGUUGGACACAAUUAUUCUGAUCCUUAUGAAUCUUACAGUUUUCCUUAGAAAAAAAACGUGUUAAUACAAAUAGUUUUGAAGGAAUGUGUUCCUCUAUUAUAAUUUAGAAACCAAUGUAUUCCUGCAUUGAGUAGCAGCACAGACAUGUAGAUUGAACUUAUUGUGUCAAUAUUUAGACUACGACUUCAAAGAUGAGGGGUAGGGGAGGGGGAGUGGUACACUUGUAUGAAUAUUUCAGUAAAAUGAAGGUACCUUUGUUUUUAGUCCCUAUUUGGGUAGAAGUGUAGCUAUAAGUCAUCAUAUACUGUAAAUCUUGAAAUUAACGCGAGCGUGAAUUAAAUACGAAAUUAAGAGAGAGGUCUUUGUUUGCAUUAAUGAAACUUUGUAUUUAUGUCUCCAAAAUGACUAUCAACAAUAAGGCCUCACGGCACACUUUGGAUAGUGGAAAUACCAACUUGUAUAAAAACACACAGUUUAUUGAGCAGCAGUUGUAACAGGUAUAUAACAAUGUUAAUCAAAGAAUAGGAAUUACAAAAUUGACUUCAUGUGAGUUAUCACUGCUGGGGUCAACAGUUCAACCCACUCGUGUCCAUCUAGGCAUCAUUGACCACUCCAGCAGUCCAGACGCCACUCACGCAACACUUCGUCAAAGGCCGACACGCCUCCACAAGCUCCGAUAGGCUUUUGUUUUUAGGAAAACUCUUUCAUUGUUUUUACGGAAGUGCUCUGCUCAGCGCUAAUAAGCGCUGCUAUUUGCUGUGUGAUUGGAUUAAGGUAAGGUUGGAGUAAGGGUAGGAUAUGUAUCAUUCCACCCAGGGGAUGGGGUGGGGGGAGUCGCAUUGAUAUUGAGUCAAAUUUUUGGCUAGGGGUCAGCAGUCGUAUUAAUUUGGAGGCACAUUAAUUUCAAGAUUUACAGUAUGAAUGAACAUGGUAGUUCAUAGUGUUUUCAUUCUUUACCUACAACAACUCUGAGAAUCACCAAUGUGCAGUUUUACAGGAUUAUGUUGUUAUGUUAUGGCUGUCUACAAUGCAUGGUGAGAGAGAGAUGGUUAUUGAAUCUAAAGGCCAUAUGACCCAUGGUUCGAUACAAUCAUAAUACAGUUCAUGCGCAACGGUUCUCCUCUUUGCUGGAAGACUUCAAGUAAAAAUUUGGCAAAAUAAUACAAUGCCGUCUUGAUUCUAAAUGUACUGAGUACAUGUACUUGUAAAUCCCUAACGUUGUUAUUGAUUUUUAAUGAAACUUCUUAACACAUGGUAUUGGUUUUGUAUUGGGUUUAUACUAUGACAGCUGAUGCAGGCUGUAAGGUCAAAUGCAUUAUUUUUUGUAGCCUGGAUGACAGUAUCUGGCAUCUAAAACAUUUUUAAUAAAUCUAUUUCACACAUGG